UGAUACUUUUUCUCAAUCAAAUGAAAAGAAAUUAGUUAAUUUUAAUUGUUUGUGAGAUUUUUCCAAAUCAAAAUAGUGUUUUAAUUACCUCGAGUUUUAGCCAAAGUCUUUCAUCUCAUUGAAUAUUUAAUUCUAAACUAUUGAAUUUUUCUCUUCUUUGUUUUCUUCUCUUCUUGUUCUACUUUUGUGUUUCUCCAUCUUGGUCUUUCAUUUUUUGACCGGGAAAACAAUUUGAUCUUCAUUUUCUACAACAUUUACUCUUGGAAUUGAAAUUUUGUGUUCUUUUCAAAUACUACGAUCAUGACUCGUACCAUUAAACAAGUUAUCAAAAAGAAACAGCGGAAAAUUUUACCCAGUUUUAAGAAAGUUACCAAAAGACGAAAUAAACCAGGCGUUCGAUCAUUGAAAGAGAUAAGAUUCUAUCAGUCAACUACUGGCCUUUUAUUAAGGAAACGUCCAUUUAUGAGAUUAGUGAAAGAGGUUACAAAGAACAUGACUUUCCAGGCUCAUUUUUGGCAACUUUCUGCUCUUGAAGCUCUCCAAGAGGCUGCUGAAACCUACCUCACUCAUCUGUUUGAACAAACAAAUCUCGCUGCUCUUCACGCUAAAAGAGUGACCAUCUUACCAAGAGAUGUUGAAUUUAUCAUGAGAAUCAAGGAUGAUAGGCUCAUCUAAGAGAAAAAAUUGAACCAAAAAAUUUAUUUACUAAAAUAUUCCAUCAAAUUUCUCAACUUCCAAUCAUCAUACAUCUAAUAAUCAAUUAUAUUUUCUACAUAACCAAAUUGAUCUUUAAUCUCUAUUGACAUUUGAUUGCCAAAAUUAAAACUAGUUUGAUUUAUAAACUUUUACCUUGUACUCAACCCCAACGAUUGUGGAAAAGAAAAAGAUUGAAAUUGAUUUUUCAAUGACUGUA